AUGGAAGCUGUUGGUGCUAUUUGGCAUCUUGGUGGCGUGCAAAAAGGUAUGCGGGGGUCUGCAGUCAGAUCACUGUAUAUUGCUUGCGUGAGACCAAUUGUUGAAUAUGGCUUAGAAAUUUGGCAUCAUAAAAUCUUGAAAGGAGAAAUCCACAAGUUGGAAGUGAUGCAGAACAUGGCUUUAAGAAGAAAAGUUGGUGCUUAUCGCACAACUCCUAUUGUGGUACUACAAAAGGAAGCUGGUAUUAUGCCAUAUAGUAUUAGGCUAAAAUUUAUGGUGGCACGAAAAGCUAUUCGUUUACACCUAAAUAUUAGCAAAACUAAUCCUAUUAAUGGUCAUUUGUUAACAUUGAUUGAGAAAUCUCCAAUUGCAAAGCUAACCACGCUUUACAUGUUGGCGAAAGAUGAUAGAGACUAUAUGAUUAAAAAGGAUGAAAAACGAAAAUGCAAGAGGGUUGAACCUCUUACACUGAAACAACAACAAAAUCAGACGAUUGGAAUUUUGAAGAAACAAGCAAUGGAAGAAUGGCAAGAAAUGUAUUGGAACAGCAGUAAGGAUCUGUGGUAUCAUAAUAUCACAGUGGAGUCGAAAUGUGCUGAUAAUCUUUCCAAAAUGGUUACGGGAGUGAUCAUGAAGAAAGAUAGUCGAAGGAUCUUGAGUAAUAUUACUCAGUUUCGCACAGGCCAUGGCAACUUUGGCGCAUGGUUUAAAAAGUUUGGAAUUGAAAAGGAUAGUUACAACUGCAAAUGUGGAGAGCUGGAAACAGUUCAUCACAUUUUAGUUGAGUGUCCUUUGCUUGAAGAGGAAAGAAAAGGACUGAAACGGAUAUCUCCAGAGAUGGACAUGUCGACUCUCUUAAACAGUUUAACUGGCUUACAAGAGAUUGUAAGCUUUAUCUCUGCUUGGAGGGAUUAA